UUCGUUCUGGUCUGCGCUUCACUAUGGCGCUCCUCGCCGCCGCCCGCCGCCUUCCCCGCAGCCUCCGCCUCCUAAAUCCCCACCGCUUCACCACCUCCUCUUCCGCCCCCUCGUUUGGGAACUCCGAGGCCUCUGCCGUCCCCGUCUGGGACCCGCAGUCCCCCGUCCGCACGCCGCCGGACGAGCAGUUCGCGGCGUGGGUCACGCGCCUCCGCCCGGGCUUCACCGCGUGCGACCUGGCCGACGCCAUCAACUCCGAGCAGGACCCGGACCUCGCGCUCGCGCUCUUCCGCUGGGCCGCGCUCCGCCCGGGCUUCCGCCACGCCCCGGCCUCCUACCUCGCCGCCCUCACCGCCGCCUCCUCCGGGAAGCGCCCCGUCGCCGCCGAGAACCUCAUCCACGACAUCCUCGCGGGGGCCUGCGGGCCAGACCUCCAGCUCUUCAACGCCUGCCUCCGCUUCUGCUGCGACCGCCGCAGCCUCUUCCCCGUCGCCUUCGACAUGUUCAAGAGGAUGAGCGCCCUCCCGGCCUCCGCCGCCUGCCGCCCCAACGUCGAGACCUACACGCUCCUCCUCAGCGCCGUCGUCCGCCGCGUCCGCCGCCCACCCGCGUCGCUGGUCUACCUCCACGCCAUCAGAUCCCUCUCCCGCCAGAUGAAGGCCUCCGGCGUGGUACCGGAUACCUACCUGCUCAACCUAAUCAUCAAGGCUUACGGGCGAUGCCUCGAGAUAGACGACGCCCUCAAGGUGUUCCGUGAAAUGCCCCUGUACGGCUGUGAGCCGAAUGAGUUCACCUAUGGUUACAUUGUCAAGGCCAUGUUCCAGAAGGGUAGGACAGAUAAGGGAAUGGUGUAUCUCCAGGAGAUGAGGGAGAAGGGAUUUGUGCCGAGCGGCGGUGUGUACAUGACAGCGGUAGCCGGGCUAGCGUUGGAGUGGAGGUUUGAAGAAUCAAGGCAGGUGCUUUUUGAUAUGUUGGAUAGCAAGAGGAAGCCAGAUAUGAUCACCUACAGGACGCUACUGGAGGAGCUCUGCCGAGCUGCGCGGACAGAAGAUGCAUUCGUGUUGCUGGAGGAGCUGAAAGAGAGGAAGUGCGGGGCAUUGGACCAGAGGAUGUACUCAGAAUUGCUCGAUGGCCUGCACUGGAUUUCUCAGCCACAUCAGGGUAACCUUCCUCGCCGUGACAGGGGCUCUGCCUCUGAUGAUAGAGGUUCUGAUGACUAAAAUGCUUUGGUGAAUUGCAUUUUUUAGUGCGUGAAUGGCAGUCAUAGAAAGUCUAAUUCAUGAGUGCUUGAGAAGACUGUACUCUGGUUGAAAGAAGAUUGCUGCAAAAUCCCAGAGCUACCUCCCCCUGAAUUAUCUGGUUGACUCCAACUUUGCACAAUUACCUCCAUUGGCAUGAUUCAUACAACGCCCGGAACAGAUGAUAUGCGAAAUGUCUUGGUAAAAAAGAUUGCUUAGUCGUCUUGCAACGGCAACUAUUCUUGGGGUUUAUGCCUGCGCAACUGAGAUGUUUAUCUGGGAGAGGAGAACAUUAUUUGCCAUGUCCUAGACUCCUAGUUCUGGAAUAAUAAUCUGGUUAGUAUACUGUCCCUCUUUAUAAAACAGAGAUGCAAUUGUAAACGCAUUUCCUCCUACUAACUGGCAUGCUUAACUGUAUAAGGAUUUUAGGUGUUCCCGCAAUAUCAACUCUCCCAUGUAAGAAAACUGCCCCAGGUGUGCUAGAGUUCUGGAGAUACCUGGCAUGCUUAACUGUUGUCUAUAAUGAGUUAAUGACUAAUGGACUGGAAGCGAUACCAAUCUUCAGUUCUCCUCUCACUUUAUACGGCGAGAUGUCAAUCAGCAGAAUGAUUUAUUUAUUUUCUCAAGGAGAACGAUUUUCUUCUA